GUCAUUUUCCGGUGAAUUUCUAUUCUGGCUCUGUUUUGAGUUGAUUUUUUACCAGCUUCAACCCCCGCGGGUUUAUGCUGUUGUUCGUCUGUGUUUCUCCCGUAGAAUUCUUUGCUUUAUGCAUCGGUUUGUUGGUUGAUCGGAACUUUGGUGGCAUCAUGAGUGAGGUUUUUGAAGGAUAUGAGCGUCAGUACUGCGAGCUUUCAGCUGGCCUGUCCAGAAAAUGUACUUCGGCCGGUCUUAGUGAUGGCGAGCAGAAGAAGCAGAAGGUUUCUGAGAUAAAAGCUGGACUGGAUGAUGCUGAUGUUUUGAUUCGUAAGAUGGACCUGGAGGCAAGGAGCUUGCAGCCAAAUGCAAAGGCUAUGCUUCUUGCUAAGUUGAGGGAAUAUAAAUCUGACCUGAAUAAGUUGAAAAAGGAAUUCAAAAAAAUUACAUCAGCCAACACUAGCCAGGUUGCUCGUGAAGAGUUGUUGGAAUCUGGAAUGGUGGAUGCCCAUAUGGCUACUGCGGAUCAAAGAGGGAGAUUGGCAAUGUCAACGGAGAGAUUAAAUCAGUCAAGUGACAGAAUAAAGGAGAGCAGAAGAACUGUACUGGAGACGGAAGAGUUGGGCAUCUCAGUCCUUCAAGAUCUGCACCAACAGCGAGAAACUCUUCUACAUUCCCAUACCAAGCUUCAUGGUGUAGAUGAUGCCAUUGACAAGAGUAAAAAAAUACUGACUGCGAUGUCCCGGAGGAUGAGCAGGAACAAAUGGAUAAUUGGCUCAGUCAUUGCAGCCCUUGUGCUUGCAAUCCUCUUCAUCCUAUAUUUUAAGCUUUUUCAUAAUUAACCCAAUUAUAUUUAUACAUGAAACCUCAACUGGGCAACUGGGGUGUGGAUUAGUUUCUGUAUUUCUUAUGUACAUAAUAUUCACUUUACUGCUGUUUGGCAGAUCUCCUAUUGCCAUUGCACGGUGUUUACAUGUAACAUAUAAAUUUCUUGUUAAUCCACCCCUUCACCAUUGUAUUGUUAUUAUUUACGAUACACGCAGGAUCAACUUUGUGUACUCAUCUGGCGAACCUUUGUAUUUCUUUCUUUCAGCAGGGGGAUUAAAUUUUAGCUUUUGCUAA